CGGAUGCUGAUGCCAUGUAGCAUAUGAAAACACCACCAUCUUACAAAUAGGUCAGUAAACUCCCAAUAGAGAAGCAUGUGCUGGUCCCUGUGGGAUCAUCAGAGGAACUUCACAUGGUGGAGGCUGAGCAGCAGUAGCAGCAGCAGCAGCAGCAGUAGCGUUCUUUCAGACCACGCCUCUGCUUUGCACCAGCCUCUCUCAGUGUAGAGUGGGCUGUGACUGUAGACUACCGUCUGCAUUUCUUUAAAGCCGGGACGAGAAUGAGAGAAACGGAGAAAUUGGGAGAAAUUAAUAAAUAAAUAGAACUCUAUUGAUACGAGAACCGGUAUCACCUCCUCCACUCCACUCCCUCAUGCAGUUUUAACGCAGAAGAAGCAGCAGAAGCAGCAGCAACAGCGCAAGAAGCUGAAGAAGACGCCCCCUUCCUCCCCUUCUUCCGUCCUCUCUCUUUCUGCACCUGUUCUGCUUCGUCUUCUCACCAGAGUUGAGUUGAGCCGCCUGAGAGAGAGAGAGCGAAAGAGAGAGAGAGAGCGAAAGAGAGCGAAAGAGAGAGAGAGUGAGAGAGAGCGAGCGAGCAAGCAAGCGGACGUCGCCUCUCAUUGUUAGAUUAUUAGACGACGCUGUCGGUUGUAGUGUGGAGCAUGACUUCAUCGUUCGCCAUAGAUUAUCACCAUCUGUCGGAAAGCCGGUUAAUGACUACGGGCGACACACUCAAUGGCAGCAAGAUGAAUGGGUCACUGGAGCAUUUGGACCAGCCAGAUCCUGACGCCAUCAAAAUGUUUGUGGGACAGAUUCCCCGUUCCUGGUCUGAAACAGAACUCAAAGAGCUUUUUGAGCCCUUUGGAGCUGUGCACCAGAUCAACAUUCUCCGUGAUCGCACCCAGAACCCCCCUCAAAGCAAAGGAUGCUGUUUUGUAACUUUUUAUACAAGAAAAGCUGCACUGGAGGCCCAGAAUGCACUGCACAACAUUAAGACCUUAAGUGGGAUGCAUCAUCCCAUACAGAUGAAACCUGCUGACAGUGAGAAAACAAGCGCUGUAGAAGACAGAAAACUCUUUAUUGGAAUGGUGUCAAAGAAGUACGGCGAGAACGAGGUCCGAAUGAUGUUCUCGUCCUUCGGACAGAUCGAAGAGUGCCGAAUUCUCCGGGGACCAGAUGGCCAGAGCCGAGGCUGUGCGUUUGUCACAUUUGCUACCAGGGCAAUGGCACAGAAUGCAAUCAAAACCAUGCAUCACUCUCAGACUAUGGAGGGAUGUUCUUCACCUCUGGUGGUGAAGUUUGCCGACACGCAGCGGGAUAAGGAACAGAGGCGUCUGCAGCAGCAGCUCGUCCAGCAGAUUCAGCAGCUCAACAACACCUCCACCUGGGGAAACCUGGCCGGCCUGAGUGCUCUCACACCACAGUACCUGGCAUUACUCCAGCAGGCUUCAUCUACAACCAACCAAGGAGGUUUCAAUGGCAUGCAGAGACUCGGAGGAGUGAAUCCCCUUCAACUGCAGAACCUGGCCACACUGGCUGCGGCUGCGGCUGCAGCUCAGAGUUCUGCCAGCCCCACUGCCACCAGUGCUCUGUCUGCUAGCAGUGCAGCUCUGGGAGCCCUGGCCAGCCCAGCUGGUUCAACAGCAGGCUCCAGUGCCGGCGCGGCCAUGAACACCUUGGCGUCUCUGGGCACCCUGCAGGGCCUCACUGGGACCUCGAUGGGCCUCAACAACCUCAACGCUCUCACCAGUAGCGUAAGCGGUGAGUUUUUUGAGUCCACUAAUCACACAUCGCAUGGCUCCAUGGACGCUCUGACCCAGGCCUACUCAGGGAUGCAGCAGUACACAGCCUCCGCACUGCCCUCCCUCUACAGCCAGUCGGUCCUGCAGCAGAGCCUCGCUGGCAGCCAGAAGGAAGGACCAGAGGGCGCCAACCUGUUCAUCUACCACCUGCCACAGGAGUUUGGAGACCAGGACCUCCUGCAGAUGUUCAUGCCUUUUGGAAACAUGGUCUCAGCCAAAGUCUUCAUCGACAAACAGACCAAUCUGAGCAAGUGCUUUGGGUUCGUCAGCUAUGACAAUCCUGUGUCUGCGCAGGCUGCCAUCCAGGCCAUGAAUGGUUUCCAGAUCGGGAUGAAGAGGCUGAAGGUGCAGCUGAAGCGCUCCAAGAACGACAGCAAACCCUACUGAUCCUAGCCCCGGGGCUGUUCCCCUCCCCAGCUAUAAUGCUAGCACUGCUAGGGUAAGUUCACCCUCCAGCCAAGGUCACCACAGCAGAGACUCAGUGGGGCAGGGGGGAAAAAAGGAGGCCACCACAGGAGGGAGACUUACACCUAAAAUUACUGCAAUGAUCAUUCCACAUUUUACUGUAUUUCAUUACUGCGUUUGCUCAUGUACUUUGGAUCUGAUGAAAUAUUUGAACGUGUACAAUUAUUUAUGAAUAUCACUGGAGUUCGUUUUUUUUUUUUUUUGGAGGUAUUUUGUCUGUAUUAAGUGGAGCGCACCAGGUGUUUCCAUACCAUUUCAUUGCCUUCAGGUCAAGUUUUAAGACAGGUUGACUAAGGAUCAGUCGUGCGUGCGUGCGUGUUGCUGGGCUUGAAGCCCAAGGCCACGUGAAACCCAAAGCUUCAACCUUGUGUUUGGCUGUUUACUUAAAAGUCCGCCUCGUUUAAUACCAUCCUUCAUACUCAAUUCAUCUGUCUUUGUUCCUCGUCUGCUGACCCCCCCUCAUAUCGUUACCUCAGCCAGUUGUGGGCUAGGCUACCUCUGUUUCUUUAUCUCCGCUCUUCUCCAGUCAUUCCAUCCAUCCGUUCCCUAGGUGGGGCUGUCACUUCAUCCAAACUUCAAGUAAUAGUAGAUUUUUUUAGUUGACACCCAGGACCCUCAGCGCUCCGGCAGGUCACAUGUCCCCUUCAGCUAGAAGCACAAAAAAAAAAUUCACAUGCUAGUGCUAAUGUUUUUUUCUGUCAUUUAUUAAGUGCGAAUUCUGCUAAAAAAAAACCACGUGUUAGCGUGACUUACCUGCAUGUAUAUUAGUCAAGCACAGGCACAGAGGCAUUAAAGAUCUGGUGAGUGACACCGGAGUGAGUUAGUGGUACUUUUUACCUGAUCUGGGAGUCGGCUGUAACAGGACGACUUCUUAUUGGUUGCCGACGCCAAAACUAUUACUCUGCCAAAUUGGACUUUUUUUUUCCAUGGGCACAGAGGCAUUCAAAUGUGAUAAGUUAAUAAAAAAGGCAGUUUCUGGCUUUCUGGUAAAUCUCUUCAAAUCCAGAUUAUCCCACAUUUUAGUUUAUAUGUUGUCUCUUUUUUUUUUUAAUCACUUAAGAGGCAGAGUUUUGUGUACGAGUUCUGCCGAAGUGUGCCAAUGACAUGCUUCCCUUUAGCAGACCUAGAGGCAUUAACAGUUAAUAAGCAGCAGUAGACCAGCAGAUUAUUCCUUGUUUUAUAGAAGACAAACUUCAACUCUUAAAAAAAAAAAAAAAAAA